CGAUGUCGAGAAACCCCCAUACAUCCAGCACUUUCAUGAAAGUUUUAGUUCUUUUGGACGGCUCAUACCAAUCGAAACACAACAUGAACGGGAUGAUCCACGAGUAGUAAACGACGACAACUGCGCUAAGUAAGUCCCAAAAGGCCUUGAAGGGAGACUGCGGAUGUAGUACCCAACGGUAGCUCAUUCGGUCAUGCAGUUCAAACAACGAUGUUCGCAGUACGUUAAUGGUCGCAUUUUCCGACGCCAUUCUCAGCAGACUGCCUGUUGAGCGAGCCCAUGUAUUGGUUCGUCGUAGCACGUUAGGAUGCUGCGGGGUGGUUUGAGUGUAUGGCGUACUACUUGCAUUUCUGCUCAACCGAUUGAGAAAUUUUGCAUUGUUCGGGCUAGGCGGAGUCGCAUCAGGAUCCUGUGCUGCGGGGAUCACCAGAUCAGGUUUUCCUUUCUCGACACCCGCUUCUAGGUUUGUAACCGCAUCAUCUGCAUCUGUGGUCGCUGGUAAGACGAGGGGUUUGAUCGGCAUACGUCGGACCAUGGUGGGCUAUCAGCCUUCCUAGUGGUGCACGGUAAAUGAAGAUGGCACUGUACACAAUUAGCCAUUGGCACGCAGAAAUACGACUCUGAAACCCCCAAGUUGAAGUUGGUCCUAAACUAGGCAUUUUACAUUUAGGACAACAACAGAAUCCCUAUUUUGAAUUUAGCCUAAUCGAAAAUUUUAGGCAUACAGUUUCGUGAUUUCGAAGAUGUCGCUCGGGUUCCUGACCGAGUCGGCGCUAGUGCCGUCCAAGGCCAAAGAGAUCAAGGUUGACGCCAAGUCUCUCGUGGAUCUUAAAGCUGUUGUCUUUCGGAAGGAUCAGGAGCGAAAACGCCGGCUGAAAGAUGCCUUGACAGCCGAGAACAACGACGCAACUUCUGCUCUCCGUUUAGGUAAAUAUGCACAUUUGAGAGGCGGCAAGCGCCGCAAGCGCUCGGACGAAGACCGCGUGGGUAAAAAUCACCGCAACAAAGGAGUGGAAGCUCGCAAUCGACGCGACGAGGAGGCAAAGGCGAGAGAAGCUCCAGACGAAGACGACGAUGAGGCAUGGAGCAAAAAGUCGGCCGAAAUGCUACGGAAGAAGGCAAAACUUUACGAUGAGAUGGCCAAUGGAGGAGGCAGAGACCACCUAAAAGGAGAGUGUCUGGUGGACUUUGACGCCAAGAAGAAUAUGACUGAGGCGUCGAACUUUGAGGACAAGACGAUGGUGGAGAUCACGGACGAGUUCGGACGCACAAGAAAAGUCGAGACGGACAGUGAGGAGUACGCUGCUUUCUUGGAGACGCAGCAGUACAACAGAGAAGAGCCUGAGAGGCAGCGUGCUGAAACUAAAGACAAGGACGGAGGUCAUGCUGAAGGCGGCAGCUUUGUGGUUUCGCAGUGGGAAAAGCGCUUGAAAAGCUCGGAGAAACUUCAUUUGAAGGAAGUGCACGAGAGAGCUACGCUUGCGCACUCUGCUUCAUCAGGAGCAGUGAACAAGAAGACGAGGAAGCAACUGCGUCUGGAACGCCUUCGCAAACAGCGAGAGGAAGCAACGGAGGCGAGUGAAAACAUUGCAUCUACAAGUACUGCGGUUGAUUCUGCAGCGUCUGAGAAGGCGACGAACUUCUUGAAUCAGCUUUCUUCGUUGAUGUAAAAUACAGAAAAGAUCUUAGUGGUUCUAGGUCUAUUACUCUACGUGCACAUAUUCACAAACAAUUGGCAUGAGGUGACCGCGACACUACAGAAUACCAGUAGUACAUACUGUACUUGAUGCCCUGUUGGGUGUACUGCUGCUGUCCGCAGGUUUAAGCCUCGAUGGAUCAGCCUCGCGGAUCAUGGCACGAGCCAGCGCCAUCAUCGGGUCAAUGAGAAGGCAACCGGCAAAGUGGGUCUUGCCAGCGAAUAUAAAUGGGAUUUCGGUACAGCCCAAGAUAAUAACUUCAGCUCCCUGUUCUCGUAAAUGCAGCGUAUAGCGAUGGAAAUUGGCCUCGGAACGCGAAGACACUGCAGGGGCAGUACUCUUCACUCCCCACUCGCGGUUAUAAAUUGAUUCAUGUAGCUCUUGUUGCAUCGCUCCAGCAUGCACUUCCAGCACUGUGUACCCACGCGGCUCCAAUAAAUCAUGAUACACCCGCGAAUUGCGUGUUCCCGUAGUAGACAUUAGUCCAACG